UAAAAGUGGAGCCUCUCCUACGCACCGACGGAUGAAUAUCCUCGACCUGUUGCCUCGGUGGGAAGAAAAGUAGAGCUGCGUUGUGACAGAUGCCAAAAAAGAAAGAACUUGUUUUUUUCUGUUUUGAAGGGAGGUCGAAGACGAUGCCAUGAGGUGUAUCAAUGUGUUCGUUAUUAAUCUACGUUUUGAAUAGCAGAAGGAAGAGGAGCGGGGUUGGUUUUGAGGGGUCCACCUCGCUGUGGAGGUGCAGUUUGCGGUGAUAUCUGUCUCUAUCUCUGGGCCGUGAGGAGGAGGACCAUGGUCGAACUGGAAAAGGAGGUGCUCCCUCUGCCCCCUCGGUACCGGUUCCGAGACCUGUUGCUCGGUGACUGGCAGACCGACGACAGGGUGCAGGUAGAGUUCUAUGUGAAUGAGAACACUUUCAAGGAGCGCCUCAAGCUGUUCUUCAUCAAAAACCAAAGAUCCAGUCUGCGAGUGCGAAUGUUUAACUUUUCUCUGAAAGUGCUGAGCUGCCUUCUCUACAUUGUCAGAGUCCUAUUGGACAACCCACAAGACGGAAGACAAGACUGCGUGAACGGAGUAAACUGCAGCAAACAAAACACAACAUCGCGUCCCUGGAGUGAAUUUGACUGGAAAUUGAUCAUCUGGGUGGAUAGACCUCUACCGCUGUGGGCACUGCAGGUGCUUGUAGUUUUCAUCAGCUUUUCAGAAACAAUGUUGCUCGUGUAUCUCAGCUACAAGGGCAACGUUUGGGAGCAAGUGUUACGUGUCCCCUUUAUUCUGGAGAUGAUCAGCGCCAUUCCUUUCAUGAUCACUGUGAUUUUGCCCUCCUUCAGAAAUCUCUUCAUCCCUGUAUUUCUCAAUUGCUGGCUGGCAAAACACGCUCUGGAGAACAUGAUAAAUGAUCUCCAUAGGGCGAUCCAGCGGACGCACUCAGCCAUGUUUAACCAGGUGGUGAUACUAAUCAGCACGCUGGUCUGCCUCAUGUUUACGUGCAUCUGCGGCAUCCAACACCUCGAACGAGCGGGCAACAACCUGACCCUGUUCGACUCGCUCUACUUCUGUGUGGUCACCUUCUCCACGGUGGGCUUUGGAGAUGUCACCCCCCAAAUCUGGCCCUCGCAGCUCCUGGUGGUCAUCAUGAUCUUCGUGGCACUCAUCGUGCUUCCCAUCCAGUUCGAGCAGCUGGCCUUUCUGUGGAUGGAGCGGCAGAAGUCCGGGGGGAACUACAGCCGCUACAGGGCACAGACGGAGAAACACGUGGUGCUGUGCGUCAGCUUUCUCAAGAUCGACCUCCUCAUGGACUUCCUCAAUGAGUUCUUCGCUCACCCCCGACUACAGGACUACUAUGUGGUGAUCCUUUGCCCAGCAGAGAUGGAUGUCCAGGUUCGGAGGGUCCUACACGUUCCUCUGUGGGCCCAGAGAGUCAUCUACCUGCAGGGUUCCGCCCUUAAAGACCAAGACCUGAUGAGGGCCAAGAUGGACGAUGCUGAGGCCUGCUUUAUCCUCAGUAACCGGUUUGAAGUGGACCGUAUUGCUGCUGAUCAUCAGACCAUCCUCCGAGCCUGGGCAGUGAAAGAUUUCGCUCCAAAUUGCCCCCUCUACGUCCAAAUUCUCAAGCCAGAGAACAAGUUCCACGUCAAAUUUGCAGAUCACGUGGUGUGUGAAGAAGAGUUUAAGUAUGCCAUGCUGGCUUUAAACUGUGUGUGCCCUGGUACCUCGACACUCAUCACUCUAUUGAUCCACUCCUCCAGAGGACAAAUGGCACCCCAAGAGGCCUUCAAGCAACGUGUAGGAGCAUUUCAAGCUCUCAACAGGGAGGGUGGUGCAUGUUCAGCAGACCAGUGGCACCGAACCUACCGCCGCUGCUCAGCCAAUGAGGUGCAUCACAUCCGCCUAGAAGAAAGUAAAUUCUUCGGGGAAUACCAGGGCAAGAGUUUCACCUUUGCCUCCUUUCAUGCUCACAAAAAGUAUGGAGUAUGUUUGAUUGGAAUACGCAGAUUGGACACCACCAACAUCCUACUGAACCCUGGUCCCUGCCACAUCAUGGGGGCCUCUGACACAUGCUAUUACAUCAACAUCUCCAAAGAGGAGAACUCGGCAUUUGUCAGGGGCCACAGUGAGCCAUCAUGGGGCGGCACGGGAGGAAAUACCAGGGGAGUGCACCAAACCAUCUACCAUGGACUCACCCGCCUGCCCGUCCACAGUAUCAUCGCAAGCAUGGGCACAGUGGCCAUUGACCUGCAGGACUCCAGUGACAGCAGCCCAGAAGGCCAGGACCCGGGGAGCACCGUGCUGGGCAGCAGAAGAGAAAGCAGGAGCAGCUCCCGGACGGAGAUGAGUGGCACUAACACUUUGGCCCUGCCUGCCAUGGGAGAGUCUGCAGAGGAGAGGCGGCACAGCAUCGCCCCUGUCCUGGAGCUGGUGGACGGUGUCAACAACCCCGCCUUUGACCUGCUCGGAGACCAAUCAGAGGACGAGGGAGGAGAAGAGGGCAAAGAGGACAGUGACAGAGAUGAGAGUGCCCACUGGUGGGGUCGACACUGCGAGUGGGUGAAGGGAUACCCGCUGAACUCUCCAUACAUCGGCAGCUCGCCUGCGCUGUGCCACCUUCUUCAAGAAAAGAUGCCUUUUUGCUGCCUGCGUAUGGACAAGGCUUGUCACCACAUCUCUUUUGAGGAUGCCCGCUCCUACGGCUUCAAAAACAAAUUGAUCAUUGUGUCUGCAGAGAGUGCAGGAAACGGUCUGUACAACUUCAUUGUGCCUCUACGGGCCUACUACAGACCCAGAAAAGAACUCAACCCCAUCGUGCUGCUGCUGGAGAGUGUACCUGAAGCAGACUUCCUGGAGGCAAUCUGUUGGUUCCCCAUGGUGUUCUACACAGUGGGCUCCAUCGACAAUCUAGACAGUUUGCUGCGAUGUGGAGUCACUUUUGCCGACACCAUGGUGGUGGUUGACAAAGAGAGCUCCAUGAUUGCAGAGGAGGACUACAUGGCCGACGCAAAGACCAUCGUCAAUGUGCAGACCCUCUUCAGACUGUUCCCAGCUCUAAGUAUCAUCACAGAGCUCACCCACCCAGCCAACAUGCGCUUUAUGCAGUUUAAGGUCAAAGACCACUACUCUCUGGCUCUGUCCAAACUGGAAAAGAAGGAAAGGGAGAAGGGGUCCAACCUGGUGUUUAUGUUCCGCCUGCCCUUCUCUGCAGGGAAGGUGUUCAGUGUCAGCAUGCUAGACACUCUCCUCUACCAGUCAUUUGUGAAGGACUACAUGAUCUCCAUCACCAGGCUGCUGCUGGGUUUAGACUCCAUGCCUGGCUCAGGUUUCCUUUGUGCUAUGAAAAUCACAGAGGAUGACCUGUGGAUCCGCACCUACGGCAGGCUCUACCAGAAACUGUGCUGCUCCACUGGAGACAUUCCCAUCGGCAUCUACCGGACAGAGGCACAAAAGCUUCCAGUCUCUGAGUCCAAGGUAUCCAUCACAGUGGAGGACUACGAGGACACCAGAGAACCCAGAGAGCCCCUUUUGUCCCGGAGCGGUGCUCACCGUAACUCCACCUCUUCGGAGCCCGUCUCCACCUCCUCCCACUCCUCAGACCACCCGCUGCUCAGGAGAAAAAGCAUGCAGUGGGCCCGGCGGCUGAGCAGGAAGGGAGGUCGGGGCUCCAGUGGGGCCAAGGGGGGUGCAGGCAGCGCGGCAGAGAGGAUCAACCAGCAAAGACUGACCCUGUUCAGGCGCUCGGAGAGGCAGGAACUCAACGCCCUGGUGAAAACGAGGAUGAAACAUCUGGGCCUUUCUUCAACUGGAUUUAAUGGGAUGACAGACCAAGGGAACAGACUGUCUUAUAUCCUCAUCAACCCUUCUCCAGACACCAGACUGGAGCUGCACGAUGUUGUAUACCUGAUCAGACCAGACCCCCUCUCUCUGGUACCCAAUCAGGGUAACAGCAGGAAGUGCAGCGCCGGGAUCUCAGAGAGUCACAGGUUCGAUACACAGGACAGCACCCAUCUGUGAGAGGGACAGAUAUACUGUCAGAACACUGCCAGAGAGAGGAGACACAGCAACAGAAACAACAACAACAACAACAACAACAGAAAUCAAGAAAUGGUGGGCUGCAAAAGGAUGCAGCUAGAAGGCACGUCUCCCUCAUACAGUAUUUUCUCCACAUUCAGUCUCGGGGAACUGAUAGGUGCCGUUCUUGCAUGGACCUUUUCUAUAACGAUGGGAAUGUUUUAUUUAUGCACCUUUCUAUUUUCAAAGUGGAAAGCUGUGGACACAGAAGUGCAUUUAAUGAAAAACGUAUGUAUUUAUCAUAUCUGUGCAUGUUAUGUACUGCACACUACUGUGUGUGUGUUUGUGUUUGUGUUUGUGUGUGUGUGUGUGUGUGUGUGUGUGUGUGUGUGUGUGUGUGUGUGUGUGUGUGUGUGUGUGUGUGUGUGUGUGUGUGUGUUUGAUCUGUAGAAGGAAAGGGAGAAGGGGUCCAACAUGGUGUUUAUGUGAAUAAACGGGUGUGCACGUGCAUGUGCGUUCAAGUGUGUGAAUAGAAACAAGAGUGAGACACUGCCAAUUUGAUCAGGACAGCGAAAGGAAUCUGCUGCCAAAUGAAAGGGAAAGGAUGUAUUUUUGUGUCGUAAGUGUGUUUUGUCAGACUUAAUGUUUGAAGUAUUUGAAAGUGACACUACAGUGCACACCCCUUUCUUUUUGGUCUUCAUAAAGCCUUUUUGAAACUUUUUACCUGUUGCUUACACAGUCAAACGCACACAUUUGUUUUACGCUCACCAGCAGCGGAGGAAUCCAAAGAGCAUCAGUCUCAAUAAUUGACAGACAGCAUGCAUCGUCAUUGCAGGGCAUUCAGUCACAUUGCUAUCUGAAGUAUGUUAUUGUCUUCAGCUAUGUGAGUCCUCCUAGAACAAAUCUGUUCCUGAUUUUAUGGUUCGCCUGUUGUUUCUUAAAGUCCCGCCCUCUCUGCUUCUGUCAGUCAGUGUGAGCCGUCCUGCCACCAGCUUGUUUUUUCUGACAUGCAUGUUAUGCACUAUGCAGGGGAUUGACAAAAUAACAGGACCAUAUACCAUAACAUAAUGCCAUCCAGUGCAACAGCCCUGCAAUGAAAACUACCUUUGUGAAGCUCAUAAUGCAACGGUUUAGAGACCUGUCAGAGAGGUGUUGAUUCAGCUGUCAGUUUUAAAGCCGAUUUAUAAGCUUUACAAUUCAUAGUUGCUGUAUUUAUUGCAUGAUAAAUAUCCACUUUAACAAGUAAUUCGUUUGCUAAUUAAGAAUUAAAAUAUAUAAUAUAAUUUGGUUUUCAGGAAGAAAACAAAUUGAAUUUCAAGUGAAAAAUGUGCCAGUAGAGUAAGAUUAUUCUGCUUGUUUAUCAGCCUAGUUUACCUUUUUUCAUAGAUUUUCAGUUGUUUUCAGAAACCUGAGGUUUUAAUUUGUUAUAUUAAAGUACAUUACUUGUUAGGGUGGACAUGUAUGCCGUUUGUUUACUAAGGAUUUUCAAGCCUCUGUAAAUCUUUUGUCAGAUAUUCUAAAUGUGCUGUUUCACACAGAAAUAGUGCAGCCAUGUGGUAAGAAUGCCUAACUGCAUCCCUGCCAACAUCACUGCUGUAGCUUUAGUGCCAUUAUUACAGAUGAAAAUAUGUAUAUAUUAAAGUCAGUCAUUAUA